CAUUAUUUCUUCGAAAGCGAUAAGAAAGAAAUGGAUUCCAAGAAGAUGCAAAAGCCACACGCAAUCUGCAUCCCAUGUCCUGCCCAAGGCCAUAUCAGAGCCAUGAUGCACCUUGCUAAGCUACUCCACUCAAGAGGCUUCCACAUCACCUUCGUCCACACCGAAUUGAACUAUCAACAACUCAUCCGGACCGGCGCCAUUGAUCCAACAGUUGAGAUUGAAGGGUUCUGUUUUAAGGCCAUCCCUGAUGGCCUACCACAACCUGAGGAUGCCAAUGAAGCCCCAGACCCUAUAGAAUCCACCAAGUCAAUAUCCAAACACGGUUUGGCUCCUCUAAGGGAACUUAUAAGGAGAAUCAAUGGGGACACUCAGGGUGGCCCACCAGUGAGUUGCAUGAUGAGAGAUGCAUUCAUGAGUGUUGCUCAGCCAAUCGGAGACGAGUUUGGGAUCCCUGAUGUUGCAUUUUGGCCCAUAGCUGGUAGCAGUUUCAUGGGAUUCUUCCAUAUUGAUGAGGUCUUACAACGAGGAUUCUUCAAAGAUGCCAAUUGUUCAGCGAAUGGAUAUCUGGAAACUCCCAUCGACUGGAUACCAGCAAUGCCGGGCAUCCGUCUUAAGGAUCUUCCAACUUUCGUCAGAACGGCGGACCCCAACGAUUUCUUCCUCGACUUCUCCAGACAGGCGGUUCAGACUUCAUUGAAGGCUUCAGCAAUCAUUCUCCAUACAUUUGAAGAAUUGGAUUAUGAGAUAAUUGAUGCCGCCAAGCAUAAGUUUAAGCUGCAACCACCUUAUGCUAUAGGUCCUUUAUUCGCACUCUGUGAUCAGAUUCCAAACCCCAAAUUGAAUUCCAUUAAGUCGAAUCUAUGGAAAGAAGAGAGGGAAUGUAUAGAGUGGUUAGACAAGAGAGGUGAUGCUACAGUCGUCUAUGUGAAUUUCGGUAGCGUUAUGACUGUAACACCAGAACAGUUGAAAGAGUUCGCAUGGGGGCUGGUGAACAGCAACCAUCCAUUCAUCUGGGUCGUACGGCCCAAUCUUGUAUCGGGGGGAUCAGCUAUUUUGGAGGCAGAGUUCCUGGAGGAAACAAAAGGAAGGGGUUUGAUUGCGAGUUGGUGUGCACAGAAGCAAGUGCUGGAUCAUCCUUCAGUGGGUGGGUUUCUAACACACAAUGGAUGGAAUUCUACGUUGGAGAGCAUUCAUAGCGGUGUUCCGAUGCUGUGUUGGCCUUUCUUUGGGGAUCAACAGAUGAAUUGUCGCUUCGCAUGCACCGUUUGGGGGAAUGGAAUGGAGAUUGAUGGUGAUGUGAAGAGAGAGAAAGUAGAGGGUGCCGUUAAGGAAUUGAUGGAAGGACAGAAAGGGAAGGAGAUGAGAAAGAAUGCAAUGAAAUGGAAGGAGAAAGCUAGAGAAGCUGUUGAAGUUGGAGGGUCUUCUUACAUUAGCUUUGAUAGAUUGGUGAAUGAUUUGUUGGUUAUGAAACGUUAGCUAUUUGAUUUUUUCUUUGUUCUUUUUCUGUCUUUUUUUUUUUUUUUUUUUCAAUGGCCUGUUUAACAUGUGUGGCCCACCUUUUAGAACCACGAUCUACGUUGAAUAAAGUCAUGUGCUAAGAAACAUCA